AAAAAAAAAACAACAAAAAAGAAAAGAUAACUGCAAACUUUUUUUGUGUUUUUCAUAUAUGCUUGCAGAGAGUUGUAAAAUUUUAUUGCGAUUAUUCGUGCUUUAAGCUGAAACUUCUCUAAUCUUUCUUUAGCAAUUGUGGAAUAGCAUGCUAUUUCCUUUCCAUAUUCAAUUGUUUCUUCUGUAUUUAUUACCCUAGCUAUAGGAUUCUGUCUUUUGAACCUCUCCUGCAGUUAGGUAUGGCCAUGUCACUAAGUUUUAAGCCAAUAAUUUGUAAGCAGUGUGCUAUGAGUACCUUCUAAAAAAACUUCCUCCUUUUCUCCCUCAUUUUCAUUACAGUAGUCUGGAGUGAAGAUCCAAUAGCUGGAGAUCGGUAGUCAUCCUACGUAAUGCAGGCAGGGGUGACGGGCAACACGGUCUGUUAACUCCCUUACUGGAAGACAAAUUUCACAAGACUAAGAACCUUUCGUUAGUUCAAGCAAUAUCCCAGUACUUACGCACAGUGUGCAGCAUGUUUGCUAAGGGCUCAGGUAUUAAAUGGGUAUUGAAUGAAUAGAUGUAUUAAUUGGUUUACUCUGGAGUCACAAGUAAACAAGGUCUGAGCUCAUUUCACAGAAUCAAACUCCCGAUUAAUUCAAAUCACACUAAUUUAAUUUGUUUCUCUUUGCUCUUUCAGACUUACCAAUGUCAUGGGCGGAUAGGAGGUUUUCUUAAUUUACUUCAAUAUUGCAUUAAAUCCAAAUGUUUUAAAAUCUGUUUUUAUAACAGUUUUUCCCAGUAAUUUCCUGUUUAGAAAGUUCAAAAUUCUUCCAUUUUUAAAGUCAUGGAUAUAUUUUUGAUUGUGUCUGUUGUUAAGUGCAGGAACUAUUUUGUAACUUUAAAUAGACAUCAUCUCAAGUCUACAAGAAUUAUCCAAAAUGGGAUCUAAAGACCUUUCUAGGUUUUCAGACACUAUUAAUGCAGAUUGUAGCCACUAGGUCCUGAGGAUUGUACUUGACAUUGGUUACUGAAACUGACCUUUCUUGAAUUAUUUUUCCUUACACUGUGGUUUUUCACAUUUCAGCAUAUUGCCUAUUUUUGUCCUCAGACUUCACUGAAAUAUUUUCAAUGGAAUUAAAGAGGAAUCAUCCCUCCCAUGUUUUUGAAAUGACCCUUUGCUUCCUAUAAUAAUGAUUCUUCUGGUCCUUUUCGUAAUUACUUAUGUUAGAGUUUGUAAAUAUUCAUACGUUUUACAAUGGCAUAUAAUUUUCUUCUUAAUUAUUUUUUCGUCUUUCCCUAAAGUUGUUGUUAUUUCUCUUAACUCUUUGUGGGAAAAAUUAAGCCCAUCUUUCACUUUCUGGAUACCCUUAUUUAUAAUUGAACUCUGUUAUUUUUGCUCAAAUUGUGUUUCAAGUUACCCACUUUUAGGGAAGCUAUUAGUGUAUGAAGUUUUUUUUGUUUUUGUUUUUGAAAAGUCUGUUAAUACAAAGGUCAUCAAAAGAUCCCUUCCUAAACCUUUCCUCUGGAGAAAUAUCUCUGGAGUCACAUGGCCCUUUCUCCCUUCUUGCUUUUGUAGGAUUCCAAAGCUAAUCUGUUCCUGAUUGCGAUUGCAUGCAUCUGUGCCUUUUGGGGGCUCUUGUGCAUUCAUUCUUCCUUCUCUUCUAACCUCAAAAAUGUAUUUUCUCUGUUGGCUCUUCCCCUUUAACAUAGAAGUAUACUCAUGCUUUUGCUGAAUCUUGAAAUAAAAGGCUUUCUGUAGCACAUAUCUCCGUUUAACUACUACUACAUCUCUCUUCUCAGCCAAAUACUUGGAAAGAGAAGCACUUAGUUUGUGUCAUUGUUUUCUCACCUCCAGUUCACUGCUUUACCCACUGCCUGACAUGUAGCUCACUCUCACACAUGCACAAGCUCAAUCACUAAGUUGCCAUAGCUGAUUUGUAGCUUUCAUGCCCUCCUAGCAAAAUUUGACUCUGUGCAUUGGGAUGUUACUUACUGAGUAGCUAUUGACCAGGCACUGUGCUAGGUGCUGCUGUUACAGAAAUGAAAUCAGACAUCAUCUCCUUUCUAAUGACUCACAGGAACAGCCGCUCCUGAUUCCUAAGCAGGUCUCUUGACUCCAAGUGCUCACUUUUGCAAGCUUUACUUAAUGUCGUGUAAAUCACUCUAUUCUCCAGGUCUUCUUUCUUUCCAAUUCUCCUUACUAUACACAACUUCUCAAGGCAAUCACUUCCAUGCCCAUGGCUUCAGUUGCAUUCUCUAUUCUCUGAAGACAAUAGAAUUUUAAAUUUAAAAUGUUAGCUUUAUUUUAUGUAAAUUCCUCAUUUGCUAUAACCAUAGAUUCAGAGUUACUCCAUGAAAGUAAUAAAUAAAAAAUGGUGAUAUUCUUAGCAUGUAAAUUUUAGGAAAUUUCCCCAGUUACUCUUAAUGGUCGUAUUUAGUAUUUGUGCUAUUUUUGAAAACAUAUGUUUGGAUGUCACAAACGAACUUAGCCUACAGUGAUUUAUAUUCAAUUUUGACCAGCAAGUUCCAUUUUAAUGUGACACUGAACGUAAAAAACUGCCUUUUCCUCCUUAGCGAUUUCUCUUCCUACAUUCUCUGACAGGAGAAAGGUACAACUCUCUGUACCGGGUCUUCCCCAGCAGAGCCCGUGCAGCCCUGUUUUUCCCUCUACUUCCCUGCUUUCACAUCUCAUGACCGAGUACUUCCUAUUCUGUCUCCCGAGUAAUCACAAAAUUUUUUCUCCACUUUUGUCACUGCCACUGCCUUUAGCAUCAGUCUUCCUUUAGAUAGUCUCUUAAUUGGUCUUGUUGCUUCCUUCAGUCCUUUCUUAUUAUACAGACCACUACACACGCAUCUGACAGAGACUCCUCACCUUUGUAUGGUUCAAUGACUCAGAUUUUCAGAAUAAAAUUAAAACUACCCCAGUGUCAAAUUUGGGGCCAAAUAGAGGUGGGUUUGUAUCUCAGGUUCAUACGCUGUUCAGUAAUAUUGUCUCACAAAACAGAACUUAAGCCUUUGUGUAUCUGCCUACCCUCCUUGAGAUUGGAACUGUUUCACACAUACGGUGUCUGGCAUGUAGAAGGGACUUCAUCAAUGCUGAAUGAACAGGAGGCAUUUUAAAAUUCACAUCAAAAAAAUACAUAUAUAUAUAUAAAAAAUGCCAGUCUAUAAUGUCACUUCCCCUCCAAGCUUGACUUACUUGUACUUUCUGAUACGGUUUGGUCAUGUCCCCACCCAAAUCUUAUCUUGAGUUGUAAUUCUUAUAAUCCCCACAUGUUGUGGGAGGAACCCAGUGGGAGAUAAUUGGAUCAUGGGGGCAGUUUCCCUCAUGCUGUUCUUGUGAUAGUGAGUGAGUUCUCAUGAGAUCUGAUGGUUUUAUAUGUGUUUGACAGUUGCUUCUUCACAUGCCCACACUCUUUGGCCUGCCGCCAUGUAAGAAGUAACUGCUUCCCAUUCUGCUGUGAUUGUAAGUUUCCUUAGGCCUCCACAGCCAUGUGGAAUGUGCGUCAAUUAAACUUCUUUCCUUUAUAAAUUACCCAACCUCAGGUAUUUCUUUAUAGCAGUGUGAAAAUGGAAUAAUACAUUUUCUGAUAAUCACGCUUGAGGAAUUGGGGAAUUCAUAGUACCUGAGAUCAUAUAAUGGCCCCAGCCUGGGCAGUCAUAUGACCUUGGGGAGAUAACUUACCUUCUCCAUCUUAAUGUCUUCUCUAAAACUGGUGAGAUUAUUUCUGAGGGCUAAAUGAGCAUGGCCCACUUGGAACACUAUCAGGCACAUACUGCUUGCUAGGUGUUCAGUAUUCAUUUUUAUUGAGUUAGGACUGUGGUAACCCACUUUACGGCUCUUGAUUUUGUAUAACAAAGUCAUGCUUAGUGCUUUGUUAGUAAAAGAUAGAAAAUCUGAAAGUCCCUGCCAUCAAAGGAAGAAACGGGAAAAAAGGAAGUUGGUAAGUUUCAGCACUUUAGAGCUUGGGGGGACAAGUUAGGUUUCUAUUUUAUGGAGAAGCUGGAGGCAGGAUGGGUUCUAAGGUGUCAUUCAAGACGCACAGCCAUAACUCUUUAGUGAGAGUAGAGCUAGGGCCCCGGGGAUUGCUGUGGUCAAGUCGCAGACAAAAACUACCACUCAUUGGAAGACAGGAGAGGAAUAUUUCAGGUGUAUCUACAUUGAGUCAACAAAAGUUCAACUUGGUUGCUAAUGGGACCCACUCUGCUAACUGCCACUUUGUAUAGAACUCCUAGAGGAAGAUGGCUUCUAGUAAUGAGCCACCCUGUUUUUAGGACUAAAAAGCUCAGGAAGCUGGUGUUGAUGAAUGAAAACCUUAGUUCCACUGGCACUGAAGGAGGGGCCAGGAGAGCAGUGGCAUCAUAAGCCACAGGGUGGGGCAGCGGGGGAGGGGUGGCAGCAAGCCUGGGGCAUUGUGAGGUGUGGGGCAGGGCAUUGUGAGUCACGUGCCUGGGCUUCCACCUGGGCCAGUGGGCUUCAGUCUGUGGGUGACUGCAGAAGGAGGAGCAGCUCCUUUUGUACUCUCGAGAUUCAGGCAGUUGUAUCUCUCAGCGCUUGUUGGGUUUCCAACCUAUUAAAUUAGCCAUCUGUUUUUGACCCUCCCAGACAAGUCAACUCAGGAGAGGCGGCAGGGUGCGGGCCUUGGCCCGAGCCCUGCCUGGGGCCAGGCUGUGGGGUGGCCAGGUUAGCCGUCGGCAAGACCAUCUCUGAAAGUGUGGCAUAGCCUCGGCCUAGGGCAGCAGGAGUGCCUGAACAACACUGUGAGCGGAGGCACAGGUGGCAGCAGACAGUAGAGGCGCCCCAUGGGGAACAAAGUGAGCUGCUGUGUAUACCCCAAAGUCUGCCAAGAGUCGGACCAGGAUGAGGGGUCAGGGUGUCCUCCUGAUUAGCAGCUGAGGACACGACAGCAGCCGAAGACAUGGCAGCAGCCGAGGACACGACAGCAGCUGAGGACACGGCAGCAGAUGAGGACACGACAGCAGAUGAGGACACAACAGCAGAUGAGGACACGGCAGCAGCCGAGGACACGGCAGCAGAUGAGGACACGGCAGCAGCUGAGGACACAACAGCAGAUGAGGACACCACAGCAGCAGCGCCCACGGCUGCUGCUGUAGAACCUGCCGAGUUGACUGUUGAAGCUGGUGAGGUCCGUCCUGUGCACGACAUCUGUGAUGGGGAGAUGCCUGAAGAUAGGGCUUUGGAGUCCAACCCUUCUGAUCAUCCAGAAGCAAAGAAAUCUGAAGCAGAUGAUAUGGCAUUAGAGUCUAACCCUUCUGAAGCAAGGAAAUCCCAAACAGCAAAAGAAAUAGAAGAAAACAGCGGUACAAACCAUAUAGAUACAUAUUAUUUUUCUUCAAAAUUCAACUCAUGCUCGACAAUUUUCCUGGAAGACACCACAGCCAGCUGCCCUCAUUUUAAAAUGACACUAAAAUCUGUGGCCUUGGAGAUAUAUCUUCUUAUCAAGGAAAGAGAUGAAAAUAGAACUUUGGAAAUAUUUGACGAACGUAUAUUCCCAUUUAACCAAGGAGAGGUUGUGGAAGAAUACUUUAAGUAUGAUCCUACACACAAAGUGAUUUUAAGAUUUUUGCGUACCCUGUGCAAAGCCAAAAAGCUAAAUGCUUACUUAACAAUCAUAAGCUUGGUAUACGUAAGAAGACUUCUAGAGUGUGCUGAUAUCAAUAUUUGCCCAACCAACUGGAGGAGGAUUGUCUUUGGGGCCAUUCUUCUUGUCGUCAAGGUUGGGAGCAAUGUGGCUCAGUGCAAUGAGAACUUAUGCAAGCUCUUUGAGAAAAUUACAGUUGACCAUAUGGAUGAGCUGCAAAGGGACUUCUUGGAGCUAAUUAAUUAUGAUUUCAGUGUUUCUCGAAGCAUGUAUACGAGCCACUACUUCUAUCUUCGUGAGUUGGCAUUCAAUCAUGGCCUGAGUUUGCCAUCUUACCUUCUUGACAGAGAAAACGCGUGGGAUCUGAAGGCUUUAUCAAGGAUGGAUCAAGAUGAAGCAUUCUAUACUGCUCACAAGACCGGGUCUUUGAGUGCUGGUGACUUAAUUCGUCUUCAGCGCGCUAAGGCCGUCCUCUCCUGAAGGAAGAAAUGAGGGGUAAUGUAACAUCUGAACCCCUCGCCAAAAAAGACAGGAAAAUACCACCUCUCCUGCUAAAUAACUAGAAAAAUUUGUAUUUUCAAAAGAAGAAAUACCUCAAUUCAAGUUAACUCAAGGGCAACUAAGAUUGCACUUUAUAGUAAAGAAUGGGACCUUGUCAGGGCAACAGCACAGUCUUACACUCUUGUGUCCCUUUGAAUGUAAACAGAGUUAUAGAAACCACUCCAAUGUGAAGGCUCCUUCUGCCCACUCACAGAUACUUGCAUAGUGUGUUGGCUGACAGCUGUGAACUGUGUCAGGCUUUUUUUGUUUUGUUUUCAGAUGAGUCUCUGUUGCCAGGCUAGCGGGCAGUGGUGUGAUCUCGGCUCAAUGCAAUUUCCACCU